CUCAGUCCAUCUGCUCUGUGUACGUCAAGAUGUCGCGAGAAGAGAGAUCUCUGCAUAUGCUGAGAAAAUUCGUUAUCGACUGCUUUUGUAUUUGUGCACUGAUUGCGCUGGUAAUUGUAACGAGAGAUGUAUGGCAGGGAUUUAAACGUGGUUUCUUCUGCGGCGAUGAGAGCCUUAUGUACCCCUACAAACCUGACACGGUUUCAACCGAUAUGCUGAGACUGUUUGGAAUAGGCCUCCCCGCUAUAGCGAUUCUAUUUUGCGAAUGGAUGUUACUUCGGAAAGAAGAUGAUGAGCCAUGCUUCAAGUUUCCUCUGCCUUUGUGGAUGAGAGGAUUCUAUUGCGUCUUUGCUUGCUUCUCAUAUGGGAUCUGUUUUGUUGAGCUGACUACAAAUGUUGCGAAGAACGUCAUCGGAAGACCACGACCUCAUUUCUUUGAUCUUUGCCGUCCAAAUGUUAAUUGCAGUUUGUCACAGUGGCAACAUCGUUACAUAGAGAGCCAUGAGUUCGAAUGUACUGGCAAUAAUUAUACUGAUAAGUUCAAUGACAUGCACAUGUCCUUCUUAAGUGGUCACUCCUCAUUGUCAGCGUAUACUAUGAUAUAUUUAGCUCUCUACCUGGAAAAACGGAUGGUCUGGCGCAGCACAAGGAUCUUCCGCCAUGUCCUCCAGUUCUCAGCUGUCAUGUUGAGUUGGUUCACGGCCCUAUCACGUGUAACAGACUACAAACACCACUGGAGUGAUGUUCUCGCUGGGUACUUCACCGGUCUCGCUUUUGCCGUUCUCGUUUGGACCUGGGGUACAGACCUCUUGCAGCCGAAGAGUAAGCACCAACUAGUUUUACAACACGAAAUCUGUUCACAACAACAAAAAGCGGAAUCAGCAUAAAGUACAAAAAUAUCGAACUGGUUUACUGUUAUUAAUUUAAAAGAUGUGCGAAUAAUUUACGUAAAAUAAGAAAAAAUAAAUCUUUAUUACGCAUUUUUAGACACAAAAAAAUACACACAAAAAUUAGAAAUUGCACUAGCCGCCACACUAAGAUUCCCUUUUCUGUGAAUAGCCUCUUUCAUUCGGCUUAUUAAUUGUUUGAGGUAUGUACUUGACAUAAUUCUAUAUAAGGCUUACAAUUAUAAUUAAGCUACUGUAGCAAAUAUAAAACUUUCGGUUUCAGCAUAGGUUUCAAGCUUGAUCUUUAAGAUUCUUGUUUCUUUCUAAAUACAUGGAAGUUUUUAUAUAAAAUUUUCACCAAUUUCGGAUUUAAGCGCGCCUAAUUUACAGGAUUAAGUAUUUACUAACCGAUUCAACGUUUUUAAACAAAAGAGGGUGUUAAAUCUUAGAUAGGUAAAGCACUCGCGACAUGGCAAUGUAUGCUUGUAUGGUAGCCCUGAGCAUCAAGUCAGCAUUUAUGAUUAAAAUCGUUCCUGACGUUAUUACUAUAGCAAUUGUGUAACAAGAAAAAUUAUUUUAUAUGAUGCACACAAAAAUCAAAAUUGUCAAAAAUCAGAAGAAAA